CAUAAGUACAUAGCUUCAUCUUUACGAAAGAAAGACACAGACAUUGCGGAAAGGUUCUUUCUCCCAUGGUGCGAUAUCAUUGGACAGAGCCUUAGGUGCACUGUCGUUAGCACAAGGUCAUGUGAUCCGCUAAUGGUCGUUAAAGAUGUAAGAGAAAAAACUUACUCUUAUCGACCACCAAAGCCGUCUGUUGAGCAAUCACAGAAUGUCUGGAGUGCUGUCAAAGAGAAAAACUUGUAUGCACUCCAAACGCCAUCCGUUCAUCCGGUCUCCCCGAACAAGCCAAUCAUACAGGUCGAAGACUUGUCAUCUUCAAGAUCGUAUUUUGAUAUUUGUUUGAGCAGUUGUAUAGCUGAUGCAUCAGAAAGAACAUCUCAUGAAUUUAGUAUUAUGUUAGACAAGCAAUACAAUCUCCACUGCCUCCAUACACUUGGUACAGAUGUUGUCGACUGGAUCAUCCGCAUACUUAGUUGGAAUCAAAAAAACAUGUUCAAAAAGCUGGGAGAUGUUCCUGAUGUUCCUUUCUUGAACUUCGUUGAAUUUUCCAUGGUCGAUUUCUUACUUAAUUGUAUGAAGCCCGGGAUUUAUCAAAUCAACGAUGAAAGAUCCCCGUAUUGGGAAAUAUUUAUCCCACUGUUUAAGGUCUUUGGCAAUACAGCAUCCAAGCUUAAUUAUGCAUGGUAUGAGAAGAAGGCCAAAGACCUUUAUUCUCUGUUGCUGCUUUUCCAUAACUUCAAGAUGGAAAAGGGCAAUAUUAAGCCUCUGGAUGGCGUAGGUCGUUUAGUGGACGUCAUUAUGUCGUGAUUGAAUCUUUAGACCUCCGUGUUUUCUUAAACUUCCUUUUUUGAUUCGCGUGAUGGUCUAUCC